UUUUACGUAUGAAAACUGAGCCCUGAUUUGGUUGGCACAUCUUUAGGUCUCAUCUCUUUCCAAGUCGAAGGAUCUAGCACCAUCAACAAGGAAACUUCACUAUACUGGGGAAGCUCCAUAACCGAUAGGCAUCUAGUACUCUACCAAUGAAACGCCCAUGUGCCACUUCAACAGCACACAUUAUCCCUCCAUUUUUGUUUUUUCAUUUGUGAGAAAGAGAGAAAUAAAGAUGAACAUCAACAACCUUGAUACUAGUUUAAUUUGUAGCAAUGACCUUGAGAGUUCUAUUUCAUGCAACAAAAUAGCUCGUCUUCGCCAGUCCAUAAAGGGUCUAAUUAGUUUGUUUUUUCGCCUCUUAGUCUUUGAACUCAAUCCUUUUUGGAUCCAACUUGCCUAUUUUGUAAUCUUAUCUUUUUUUGGUUAUGUGGCUCUCAAAAUCACCAAACCAAGAACUUCUUUGAAACCCAAAGACCUUGAUCUUUUCUUCACAUCCGUGUCUUCCACCACGGUUUCGAGCAUGGGAACGGUAGAAAUGGAGGUCUUCUCCAACACACAGCUUGUUAUCAUAACCAUUUUGAUGUUAACAGGUGGUGAGGUUUUCGUUUCCAUGCUCGGAAUCCAACUCUCAAGAUUCAAGCUCACCAAAAGUAGUGGUGGUUAUCAAAGGAUUAAGGAUGAGAAUCUAGAUGAAAUCCAAGAUGAAAACGAAGAUUCCACGCCCAAAGACAGAUCUACCGAGUACAAUUCUAUCAAAUGUUUAGGCUAUGUGGUUUUCGGUUAUCUUCUGGUGGUCCAUAAAUUGGGUUAUAUUUUGGUUACCAUGUAUACAACCUUGGUUCCAUCUGCUAAUCGAGUUCUCAAAAACAAAGCCAUCGAAAUACCAACAUUUGCAGCCUUUACAACAGUAUCUACCUUCGCAAACUGCGGUUUCGUCCCCACCAACGAAAACAUGAUCGUUUUCAAGAAGAAUUCAGGGCUUUUGCUUAUCCUAAUUCCUCAAAUCCUUCUUGGUAACACUUUGUAUCCAAGUUGCCUUCGGUUUUCGAUAUGGCUUUUGUGGAAAACAACAAAGAGAAUUGAGUUCGAUUACAUGUUGAGAAACUACGAAGAGAUGGGAUAUAGUUCUUUGCUAUCUGCUGUUCAUUCUUCUCUUCUUGCAGUGACCGUGUUCGGUUUCAUGUUAGUGCAGUUCGUACUGUUCUGUGCUCUGGAAUGGAACUCGGAAAUCAUGGACGGUCUGAAUCCUUACCAGAAAUUCAUGGCUUCAUUGUUUGAGAUAACGAAUUCGAGACAUACAGGCGAAUCGGUCUUCGAUCUCUCCACUAUUACUUCAGCUAUUUUGGUGCUCUUCGUUGUAAUGAUGUAUCUCCCACCACAUACAUCAUUUUUUAGCACAAAGGAUCAAAAGUUAUCGAAAAACAGAAAACAAAACCACUAUGCCACAGGGUGGAAAACUUUCGUUGAGUGUAAGGUAUUCUCACCUCUCUCUUAUAUAGUCAUCUUUGUAAUACUUAUCUGUCUCACAGAGAGAGCAAAGAUGAAGAAAGAUCCACUCAAUUUUAACGUAUUGAACAUCGUCAUUGAAGUAGUAAGUGCAUAUGGAAAUGUUGGGUUUUCAACCGGUUACAGCUGCAAACGACAAUUGGAACCUGAGAGUGAUUGCAUAGACAAAUGGUAUGGCUUUGUUGGUAGGUGGAGUGCAAAGGGAAAGUCUAUUCUCAUUCUUGUGAUGUUUUUUGGAAGGCUAAAGAAGUUCACCUUGCAAGGGGGUAAAGCUUGGGUACUAUCAUGAAAGAUCUUAAUCUUCUUUUGGUUUUUGGCAAAUGUAGUCUAUCUUAAUUUUGUUCAUAGGAGAAAAGUCUUGUAAAACUUAUACACAGGACGAGAGUAUGUCUGUACGAUAUCAAUGCCAAUAUAAGUUUACUUUUAAGCUGUGAUAUCAUUGAGAUGGAAUGCAAUAGCAUUUGUUGAC